ACAGGAGGAGUGCCUGAGACAACGGAGCUGCUGACGCAGAGAUUCGACCACAUCCUCUACACCGGGAACACCGCCGUGGGCAAAAUUGUGAUGGCAGCGGCUGCCAAGCACCUGACGCCCGUCACCCUGGAGCUGGGAGGGAAGAGCCCCUGCUACAUCGACAAGGACUGCGACCUGGCCGUCGCCUGCAGGCGGAUAACGUGGGGGAAGUACAUGAACUGUGGGCAAACCUGCAUUGCCCCGGACUACAUCCUGUGCGAGCCGUCCAUCCAGAGCCAGGUGGUGGAGAACAUUAAGGCGACUCUGCAGGAGUUCUAUGGGGAAGAUGUGAAGAAGUCUCCGGAUUAUGAGAGGAUCGUCAACAAGCGCCACUUCAGGAGGAUCGUGAGCCUGCUGGAAGGCCAGAAGAUCGCCCACGGGGGAGAGACGGAUGAGGCCUCCUGCUUUAUAGCACCCACCAUCCUGACGGACGUUUCUCCGGAGUCCAAGGUGAUGGAGGAGGAGAUCUUUGGCCCGGUGCUCCCGAUUUUGUCAGUGAAGGGCGUGGACGAAGCCAUUGAGUUCAUCAACAGUCGGGAGAAGCCCCUUGCCCUCUAUGUCUUCUCCAACAACAAGAAGAUAAUCAAGAGAGUCAUCUCAGAAACCUCCAGUGGGGGCGUCACUGGAAAUGAUGUCAUCAUGCAUUUCUUCCUCUCAACCUUACCCUUUGGUGGUGUUGGGAACAGCGGGAUGGGCGCCUACCACGGCAAGCACAGCUUUGAGACCUUCUCCCACCACCGCGCCUGCUUGAUCAAGGACCUGAAGAUGGAGAGCACAAACAAACUGCGGUACCCACCUGGCAGCCAGAAGAAGCUGGAUUGGGCCAAGUUCUUCGUUUUGAAGCGAUUUAACAAGGGCCACUUGGGACUGAUCUUGUUGGCCCUGCUGGGGGUUGUGUCAGCGGUGGUGAUAAAGAAUCACCAGUCUGUGCUGAAGAGAAAAGCUCUCUUGAUUGUGCUGGCUGCUCAGAGGCUGGGCUGGCUCAGUGGGUGUUAAGGAGAAGCAGGUUUCAGAGCUCUGCUGUUGCUGUUACAGUGAGAUGGCUUACUACUGAAGAGAGGAGAAGGCACCAUAACCCAUGUGCAAGAUAUUCUGCAAGAUAUUCUGAGUGCUCACCUUGUGUCUUUUUUUUUUUUUUUUUUCCUUUUGAGCUGGGUUAUUUCAGUGAGCUUUUGAGCACAAAGAGUAGCCUUGGGAAGGCACUAAACAGGGAGGAGCCUCAGACUCCUGUUUACUAAAAGGCCGUAAGGAAAGAAAGGGACCUUUGGGUACAAGCUCUCAAAAGGAGAACAGAAGAGCAAGAAAUACCAGUACCUACCACCACCCCGUGCCGUGCAGAGCACUGCUUCCAGGAACACACACCCUGUGUCUUACACCAAGCUGCUUUGCUUCAUUCAGUGACAAACAGGAGCUCACGUUUCAGCUGUAGCUGGGCUGACAUUGUUUUCCCUCCGUUUUGGGAAUGGUUGCUCUUCUGUCGUGCUCCAAACAGCCACCCUCUUGGUGAUGAGUCUGAGAGAGGCUGUGCUCCUGCUGUGCUAAUGAUUUGUGCCAAUAGUGAAGGUUAUGAAUAAACCAAGCUUGCCUUCUAAUUGAGGUGAAAUAUUCCUGGAUCCCUAUCAGUGAGAAUCAUCCAUAGCUGGCCAGGUGAUGUAGGCUGCCAGCCUUUUUGGGGCUCUGGUAUUCAUUACGUGCCUGUUAACAAUUAUUUGACGAUUAAAAGAUAACAAAGAAGAUAUAUGCACUGCUUGUAUUUUACUAAUAAGAAUAUCUUAUGCUUGUACAAAAAAAAAAAAGAAAAAAAGAAAAAAAACACCUUUGUGGCCUGUAGAGAGAAGUGGUAAUCAUGAAAAACCUGUUCCGGGUCAGAGUCCUUGAAGGGGAGAACAAUUACAGAAAGUGUGUGUACUCCUUUGUGUUUGAGCUUCUGGGUCUGCUGUAAUCUUGCACUGGGUUAUAACAGGGGACCUGUUCUAGCUUGGGGAGACAAUACUGGAGAAAUUUAAGAUGAAAGGACCUAGUAUAUGUUGUCUAAAUAAAAUUUAAAAUGAUGAGAGGAAGACUGUGUAAUUCUUAGAAAAUAGUAUUCGCUGUGCAGGAGGUGGGAUUUCUUCAUGUCUAGUGAAAAUCCAUACGAUAACUAUUUUUAAUGAUAUAUUUUGCAAGUACAAAAUAAACGCUAUGAAUUUAAAUAA